AUGUUACUGGACGCUGGUCAUCAGUUCCCUGGCUUGGGAGUGGGAACAUUUGCAAGGCAUCACACGGCGGGCGACAUGCAGGACAGGGACUUGAGUUUGGCGCAGAACAGCUUCGUUGACUCGGCGCACAUGGGCGCUUUUAAACUGAACCACGAUCUUUCCCCUGGACAGAGCUCUGCUUUUACCUCGCAAGCACCAGCUUACCCCGCCGCGGCACUGGGUGCACACGCUGCCCAUGUCACUUCGUACGCGAGUUCGCCGUUCAACUCAACGCGGGACUUUCUUUUUCGUAGCCGAGGUUUUGGAGAAUCUCCCCCGUCGAGCGGCCAGCAUGCAAUCUUCGGCCCCACUGCGGGGUCCCUGCACCAUUCCCACGCAGACAGCCAAGGCCACCUUUUAUUCCCGGGUAUCCACGACCAGCACGGCUCUCAUGGAUCUCCAAACGUGCUCAACAGCCAAAUGAGACUUGGACUACCGGGCGAGGUGUUUGGGCGAUCAGAGCAGUACCAUCAAGUCUCGAGCCCACGGACCGACCCUUACUCAGCAGCACAACUCCACAACCAGUAUGGCUCCAUGAAUAUGAACAUGGGGAUGAACAUGACAGCGCAUCACCACCACCCAGGUGCCUUCUUUCGCUACAUGCGGCAGCAGUGUAUCAAGCAAGAGCUCAUCUGCAAGUGGAUCGACCCCGAACAACUCAGCAACCCCAAGAAAAGUUGCAAUAAAACUUUUAGCACGAUGCACGAGCUGGUCACGCACGUCUCGGUCGAGCACGUCGGAGGACCAGAGCAGAGCAACCACAUCUGCUUUUGGGAAGAUUGUCCACGGGAAAGCAAACCCUUUAAAGCUAAAUAUAAAUUAGUGAAUCACAUUCGCGUGCACACAGGAGAAAAACCUUUCCCGUGCCCGUUCCCUGGUUGUGGCAAAGUCUUUGCGCGGUCAGAGAACCUGAAGAUUCACAAAAGAACACAUACAGGUGAGAAGCCAUUCCAAUGUGAGUUUGAAGGCUGCGACAGACGGUUCGCAAACAGCAGUGAUAGGAAAAAGCAUAUGCAUGUGCAUACUUCAGACAAACCCUAUCUCUGCAAAAUGUGCGACAAGUCCUACACCCAUCCCAGCUCUCUCCGAAAGCACAUGAAGGUCCAUGAAUCCUCCCCGCAAGGGAACGACUCGUCUCCGGCAGCCAGCUCUGGGUACGAGUCCUCAACGCCCCCUGGGCUGGUGUCGCCCUCCACCGAGACCCAGAGCAACACCAAUCUGUCGCCCUCGUCCGGCGUGCACAGCUCAAACGCACACAGCGGCCUGACGUCUAACUUCAGUGAGUGGUAUGUUUAGGUCCACCAAGAAGCAUUUCGUAUACACAUUGCUUCAGUAAAAACUGGAGUCUAAAUGGGACUUGUACAGCUAUUAGGCUUAGGCCAAAAUCUUGGGAGCGAUCCUCAUCAUCCGAAGAAACGUGCAAAAAGGCACUCAAUACUUUGUAAAUAUUAUGCGCCCUUUUCCCAAUGGUUGUAAUAGAUUUUGUCAGUUUUUUUGGUGUAUAGAUGUCGCUUCAUUGGUAGCUAUUUCUCUAUAGGGACUUGUUAGUGCACAUAUUCUGAUAAAAAGUUGUAUAAUGGUCAUAAAUAUUGUCAUUAAGGCAUAUCUCAUUAGGGCAAACUGAUUGUACCUUAAACAUUUAUUAACUGGUAAAAGUCAACACUUUACAAAGACGGACACUAUUUGCUUGUGAAUGUAAAUUUUCGUUUGCUGGGCUUAACUUGUGAUGUUUUUGUGCUUUGCAAGUUGAAAUUGUGAAUAUAUUUGGAAGAUGUGAGGAAAAUCAACGUGCCGUUAAAUUUUCUGUAACCACACCCUUCCUUUUGUAAAUAUCGACUGGCAUAUUUAUCCAUUUGUAAUUAAAUUAAGGUAUUUACUUGCUACAGAUGAAACAAUAUUUAUAAAGAAUGUUUCUUUACUAUAAAUAUGUACAAUUAUAAGCUGAACUGGGGCUAAUGUUUUAUGUGUUUUUGUUCAAGUUUAAGAGGUGUUUCUCCCUUAUUGUGAUAAAAAAAAUACUGCACACAGUUAUAAUAAA